GCCGUGGCCGCCGUGGCCGCCGUGGGCGUGCAGAUGAUCGCCUCUGCUGCUAGUGCCAGGUACAAAGAACCCUGAAGUAGCCAUGGACCAGCUGCAUCUUCGCAGAAACCCCUCUGCCACCUUUCCGACGACGACGACGACUCCUCCUCCAGGAUGCCUCAGACAGACAGCUCGGCCGGCUUCACGCCGCUCAAAGACACCGCCCUCUUCUCCCCGCUGCAGCUGGGCCCUCUCCAACUCCAACACCGCAUCGUGCAGGCGCCACUGACACGUCUGCGGGCGGUCAGGGAGAGCGAUGGUGUUUUUGUACCGCAGGAGCUGCAUGUCGAGCACUACGGCCAGCGUGCGAGCAAAGGCGGCCUGCAGCUGACCGAGGCCACUGACAUUGCCAAAUACGCCAGCGGCUAUCCGGGCACACCGGGUGUUUUUUCUGAAUCCCAGAUUGCGGCCUGGAAAAAGGUCACUGAUGCAGUACACGCAAAGGGCGGCUACAUCUUCUGCCAGCUAUGGCACACAGGACGAGCAAGUCCGCCCUCGUUCCGAGCUGGAGCGCCAACCGUGAGCUCAAGCGAUGUGCCCAUGACAGGCAGCUGGCUUGACGGCGUAGCAUGCGCCGACCACCCUCCCAAGCCAUUGACGGUCGAAGAAAUUCAUGAAAUUACCAAUACUUGGGCGGAUGCGGCGAAGAAAUCACUCGAGGCUGGAUUUGAUGGCAUUGAGAUUCACGGCGCCAACGGAUACCUGAUUGACCAGUUUCUGCACGACAACGUCAACAAGCGGACAGAUGAAUAUGGUGGAUCCAUUGAAGGGCGCAGUCGCUUUCCCCUAGAAGUCAUACAGGCCUGUGCCAAGGCCAUUGGCGGUGAUCGCGUCGGCGUCCGCCUCAGCCCGUACAACUAUUUCCAAGAUACCAAGGACAGCAAUCCCAACGAGCACUGGGAGUACCUCUGCGAGAAGAUUGCCGCACUGCCGGAGCAAGAGAGGCCGGCAUAUGUCCACAUGGUCGAGCCACGCUUCGAUGAAGUGCUAGACGAGCAAGCCAAGAUGGACGCUCUCUCUGCAUACACGUCCAAAGGUGGCAAGGGUGUCGAGGCCGAAGCCACCGUCAAGGCCAAGGGCAACACACUGACCAAUUUCCGCAACAUCCUGCAAAAAGGAGGGGUCAAGUUUAUCGCAGCAGGUGGUUUCACCAGAGACAAUGCCGCGCCCAAGGUCGAGGCUGGUGAAGCCGACCUGAUUGUCUUUGGCCGCUGGUUCAUCUCGAACCCGGAUCUGCCAAAGAGGCUUGCCGAGGGUCUAGCGUUGAACCAGUAUGACCGUGAUACGUUCUACGGCGCCGAUCCGCCUCAGAAGGGCUACACUGAUUAUCCCUUCUACGAGGCUGCAGCCGCCGCUUGAGUUGAUGGUGUUGUGCAUCAGUGGCGCGGUUGAUUACUGGCAUUGCAUGAAUAGAAAAAAGGACUAUGUCUACAAGAAAAGAGUCUGGGUCGUGGGAAUUAGAAGCUAGAUCCAAGUUCAGCUUGGUUAUGAUGAAGUAGAUGUGUUAUGACUGAAAUGCCUUAUCC